AUGAGCACCGUAGAUUGGGAUUCUGUGCCUGACGAUGAGCUUCACGAAACAGUUUGGGAGAGGAUUGAAGCAUUGAAAGAGAUAUUCCCACCAUCUUUGAGAAGUUCGGUCAGUGCCACAGCUGAUUGGACAUUAUGGUUUGGCAAGAAAGCGGUGAGUUGUUACCUAAAGUUUUUUUGGUUUUUGUUUGGUGUAUUCGAAGUUAUUGUGAUAUUAUUAAUGUUUUUUUAGUUUUCUACUUCAAAAUCAGCUCUGUGGGUAGGAUCGACCUCUGGAAUUCUAAUGUUCUUACCUGUUAUCAUCGAAAAAGAGUUGGCGGAAAUGGCAAAGUCACAAGUCAGUUUUAAUAUAUAAACCCAUCAUUUUAAGCAAAAUCGUAUAAUUUUAUGGAUUAUUUUGUUACAUAAAGUUACCAAAUGAUGCUUUUCAGAUUCAACAACAACAACAGAUGCUACUCGGACCUGUCAAACCUUAG